GCUUUUUUUCUCCUCUUCCCUCUCUGUGAGGGACUCUUCUUCGUUUUCCUGGCUUCUUGAUCCCCUUUCCUAGUUCUGUGUAAGGGACUCUUCCUCCACCUCCUCCUGGCUUCUUACUCCCUUUUCUCAGUUCUCUCUAUAAGAUUCUCUUUUUCCUCUUCCUUUUGGCUUCUCCUCCUUUUCCCUCUCUUUUUCCUUUUUUUAUCCUUCUCUUGGCUUCUUUCACCUCUUCUCUUCCCUCUCUAUGACUCUUCUUUCUCCUCCUGGCUUCUUUCACCCCUUCUCUUCUCUCUCUGUGAGAGGCUCUUCUUUCUCCUCCUGGCUUAUUUCACCUCUUCUCUUCUCUCUCUGUUGGAGAUUGUUCUUCGUCCUCCUGGCUUCUUGCUCCCCUUCCCUAGUUCUCUGUGUGAGGAACUCUUCCUCCUCCUGGCUUCUUACUCCGCUUCUUUAGUUCUCUCUAUAAGAUACUCCUCCUCCUCUUGGCUUCCUUCUCCUCUUCCUUCUUUGUGAGAGACUCUUCUUUUUCCUUUUUCUUUCACCCCUUCUCUUCCCUCUCUGUGAGAGACUCUUCUUCGUCCUGGCUUCUUGGUCUCCUUUUCUAUUUCUCUGUGUCCUCCUCCUGGCUUCUUACUCCCCUUCCUUAAUUCUCUCUGUAAGAUCCUCUUUUACCUCCUCCUCUUGGCUUCUUUCUCCUCUUCCCGCUCUGUGACGGGACUCUUUUUUCUUCUCCUUCUCCUACCUUCUUGCGCCCCUUCCCUAUCUCUGUGCCUGCGUGAGGGACUUCUCUUCUUCCUCCUUGUCCUUCCUUCCUUUUUUUCCCCUUCUCCUCCUCGCAGCCACCAGCCGUGACGCAUCCCCCUUUCCCCCUCUUGCUUUAAAACUCCCCCUCCUCCUCCUCCUCCUCCUCCUCCUUCUCCUCCUCCUGCUUCCUCUCGCCCGCCUGGGGCUGAAUUAGUUCCCCUCUCCGUGCUGCCUCCGCUCUCUCUCUCUCUCUCUCUCUGAGCCUUUUUUUUCUCUCUCUCUCUCAACCUCCCCCGCCUUCUCCGCCUUCCCUUUUUCGGAUUUGUUGGGCGUUGUUGGGUGUCUGGUGGAAUUUAAGCCGAGGAGGCUCUUUCCUUCCUGGCCCGGGGCUGGCAGCUCAAGAAGAAGAGGAGGAGGAAGGGGGGAAGACUUGUUUGGAGGGAGGAGGGGAGGAGGGAGGGAAGGAAGGCAGGAAGGAAGGAAGGAAGGAAGGAGGUGAAGGCCAGGCGCUGCGAGAAGGAGCAGCCGCAGCCCGAGGGAGCCACCGAGAGAGGCUCCAAGCUGCCUUCUUCCAAAGGGAAGAACUAGAAGGAGGAGCAGCAGUCGUCGACGCGGAAGAGGAAUAAUCAUCGACCCAACUCCGGGGCAAAGAAGGUGCUGAAAGGACGACGAAGAAGAGGGAAGACUUGGACGGCUGCUGCUUAUUUUGGGGGGCGGACCCCCCCCCCCCAAGAAACACACACACACUCACCUCGAUCUCUUCCUCCGCCCCUCCGGAUCGAGGCCAUUCUGGCGGAAAGGGGCCAGGUUUGGGGGUCCGACAAUGGUGAGGUUUCUGGGGAGCUCCUUCUGCUGCGCCCUGGCUGCAUCGGUGCCGCUCCAUCCCCGCAUCGGAUCACGGUGAGGGAAAAAUGAGCGAAGAGACGGCGAACUGCAACAACGAUAAUAGUUAUGCCUGUGUGCGAGCUGUGGUGAUGACCCGUGAUGACUCAAGUGGUGGAUGGUUACCACUUGGAGGAGGUGGACUAAGCUGUGUCACAGUUUACAAAGUCAUUCACCAGGAAGAAAAUGGCUGUGAUGAUUUUCUUGUACAUGGGGAGCGUCUCAGGGAUAAAACGGUGGUUUUGGAAUGUACGUUAAAGAAGGACCUUAUUUACAAUAAGGUUACACCAACUUUUCACCACUGGAAGAUUGAUGACAAAAAAUUUGGCCUCACAUUUCAGAGUCCUGCUGAUGCAAGAGCAUUUGACAGAGGCAUUCGCAGGGCAGUAGAAGAUAUCUGUCAAGGUUGUCCAUCAUUACAUGAUGAAAUUGAAGUGCCUGCAGAAGGCUUUCCAGCAAUUCCAGAAAAUGCAUCAAGUUUGCUAAUGAAAGAGAAUAUCUUCCAACCUGAACCUAUAGUGAACAGUGAUCCUUACAAAAGCCUAAGUAUAAGACCAUUAGCCUUUGAAGAUUUGAACACAAGAAGAUCCUACUUUCACAGCCAGUCCAACCAGAUACCCCCAAAACCAAUCAGGAAUGUCAGUUUUCAGGACGAAGAAGAAAUUGUUCGAAUAAACCCUCGCGAUAUCUUAAUACGGCGCUAUGCAGAUUAUAGGCACCCAGACAUGUGGAAAAAUGACUUGGAUAGGGAUGAAGCAGACUCCUCCUUCCAGUGCCCUAAAACUGACUAUAAAAAACCAGACUAUCUCUACCCCUCGGGGGAUGGAACUAAGCUGAAUUCACUCAAGGAUUCAAAGGGUUCUGUGGUAUUUAAAACACAGCCGUCCUCUUUCAAAUUGAAAAAAUCAAAGAGAAGGAAAGAGGAUGGUGAGCGCUCUCGCUGUGUCUACUGCCAGGAAAGGUUUAACCAUGAAGAGAAUGGCCGGGGCAAAUGCCAGGAUGCUCCAGACCCGAUUAAGAGAUGCAUAUACCAAGUUAGCUGCAUGCUUUGUGCUGAGAGUAUGCUCUAUCACUGCAUGUCAGACUCUGAGGGGGACUUCUCCGACCCCUGUUCCUGCGACACUAGCGAUGACAAGUUCUGCUUACGGUGGCUGGCCCUUGUUACUUUAUCAGUCAUUGCACCGUGUAUGUGCUGCUACUUGCCUUUGAGAGCAUGCCACCACUGUGGUGAGGUCUGUGGAUGUUGUGGAGGAAAGCAUAAAGCGGCAGGAUGAACCCAGUCUGAUGCCAAAUUGGAGCUGACAAGUCUUUUUUGGAGAAAAUAUCUAACCUGCGGAAGUGUUUGGCAAGCAGAAGGGAAGCCUAUCAUGUGCAAAAGGCCAAUUGUGGAAGAAGCAGUAGAACUUGUUGCAUUUUACGAAUGCUCACCAUGCCUGAUGAUCUGCUUAAAGUGCAUGGUGUAAGUUGCAAAGAAGUUCUGGUGAAACAAAAGUCUUGUCUUAUGAUUAGCAGUUGAAAUAAGUAUAAACUGCAAUCUAUACCAUAAGGGAUCAACUUCAGCAAUGUGUAUGUUUUAUGGUUUAGGUGAUGGGAAGCUCUUUGAAAUAAUCUAUUUGGCAGAAAAUGUAACUAAACCUGCACUAGUGAGAGCUGAUUGAAACUAAAGAGAGUUAAUACAUUGGCAACUCUGGAGAAAUUGUAUUGAUUUAAGUGCAACUAAACUGCUUAUAAAUAGUUUUUGGAAGCAACUUUAUGUACAAAUAACAAAGGUUUAUAUUUAACUAAAUAUAUGGUACGAAUUAUUAAAUCUUCCUUCCCCUUUCCAAUUACAAAGCAGUUAUGGACCACGUUUGCAGUCACAUUCCGUGAUAGUAUUUCUCAAUAUUUAACCAGUUAACUUAGUAGCAUUUCUAUUAAAGAUGGACAAAUCAAUAUUUUCAGUCUUGUUUCCUUUCAAUUACAUUUUUGUAUUGAGUUCCCUCUGUACAUUUGGUAAUCUAAGAACCUAUAAAAUAUUAAUUAUUGUAGUUUUGAAUGACCAAUGUUUUGUUAAGCACAGGUAUAAUUGGCUAAUGUUCUUUAAAAAGUAACAUACACACAUAUGUAUAUGAUAUGACUAGUUUCAGUGUAAUGGCAAGAGUUCUUUUCCUCUUUCUCAACCUGCAGUUUUUCCUCUAAAGAAAUGAUGAUGAAUGUUUGGGGAAAAAAAUUAUAACAUGUCAUAAGAUACAUAUUUAUCAUUCUGUUCAGCUUGAUAUCAGGUGUUUCUAACUAAGGGAACAAAGAGUGUUUCAUUACUUUAAUUUUAUUUGGCUUAGAAUUUUUUUUUUUAAAAAAUCUAUAUGACAAACUGUAGCCCAGUUAUGGAGAAAAAAGCAAAUCAUUUAUUGUGAAUGAAAGUGACUUUUCCUUUUGUCUUUGAAUUGUUGUAUAUUAAUGAUGGAUGUUUAACUUAACAUUUGGCUGUGUGUUUUAAGUACAAAAUACAACCUAUGGGCAAUUCCUAAAUGUCAUACAUCACAUGGUAUAACAACAUAGCUGAGCUUACAGGUUUUAUUAAUAAAGUACUCUAAAGCA